AUGGCUUCAGAGGUCCCACCUCUACGUAUUCAGAAGGGCAGCAAUGGUUCCUCUCCAUCCAAGCUGCCCCGAGUAACCAACCGUCCACUGUCCGAGCUUAGCCCUAUGGCAAUUCGCAGAAAUUCCCCGAGUUUUCCUCAAGUCAAGGGUAAGUUGUUCACCAACCUGGAAACUUCGCCUGCAGGAUCAUCUCCAUUUUCCACUGCCUCCCCUCGCCUUUUCUGGCAGGGACGGGAUCCCAACUCCCCUGCCAGAGAAUCGAGCAGCGUCUUUGAUCCCAUCCCACAGUCUCCUAACAAACGAUCCUCCAUCGAAAACCUCAAGAAAGCUUCACGUGUGAAGAACAGCAGCAUGUUUGCUAUUGAGCAAAGUGCCAACUAUGAUCCCUCAAAACCUACCAUCCUCGAUGGGCGCCCUCAAAGUGUGCACUCCUUAACUCAACAAUCGCCCCUCCGUCCGUCAGAGACAUUGCGCAAGGAGAACAUGGCCCCAGUAAAAACUUCGCCAGCGCAACAUACUGCAAAGCCUAGCUAUGAUGAUUCUUCAAUCACCUCAAACAAGGUGGUAUCUCCGUUGUCACCGAGCAGACUGAACCCCUCACCUGCUAAAUCUUCACUAUCCAAGAAGACUGGUGCAGAUUUCAGGCGCAGCGGCUUUGACCCAGAAACGGGCAUAUGGGAGGAUGAGGACGACAUCCAGCACAAGCAACUUCCUGCUGGUCGUGGUUUGCAUCGUCAUCACAAGAGUGUAACUUUUGACCAAGCACCACCACAGAUCAAUGAGUACGAGGAACCCACUCCAGCUCCGUCCUCAAUCGCCUCAGAGUCUCGUGAAGGAAGUUAUGAAGACGAAGAUGACGAAGAUGAGGAUCUCAGCUUUGAGCGUGGAUCUUCCAUGGAUCAUGAUGACAGCUUUGACGCGUCGCUUGAGGAUACCGAAAAGACUCCAGUUGUACUGCCUGAGGAUUGGCGAUUCAUGAGCCCUGAGAUUGCAAACACCGACCUCGUGCAAGGCGAGGAAGAUGUUUUCGAUGAUGACUGUGGCAGUCCCGCUCCUACAGCUAAACCCGGGGCUUUAGCCUAUCGUCCACACCAGACCAGUGCAGGCUCGGUGGAUUCAAACGGUCAGAAUCGGCCUCUGCCUCCUCUUCCACCGCCGCCGACUCUUGGCCACAACAAUUCCCCAUCCAAACGCUUGUCGGGUGCUUUUGAGCGAAUGAGUAUCGGGCAACGAUCAUUGCCGACGCCCCCAAUGGCAGCUGCAAUCUCAAAGGCAGACAUCCAGAAAAUCGGAACGAGCAGUUCGCUUACGGGUGAUGAUCGUCUGCGACUCAUGGCAUUACAGGAACAAGACAGAGAACGUCGAAUGAGAAGAUUAGGUUCUAAGGAGCCCAACCCUGUACGUGCUGAAAGUGUGGAACAAUCCGAGCCCGCUCUGGACGAACCUGGCCCGGCGGUCGUGGAUUACGGCGAUUCAAGGGAAUCCAGGGAUUUGACUCCUCAGAUUUCUCGAGCUUCGGUCCUUCAAGGGCUUCGUGGAGACCUAAGCCGCGACAGUCGUGAGAGCAGCGAUGACACUGGUACUCAUAUGGCGUCAGCUACAAGAUUUGACCCGGAUGUCGCAAUUCCGUCAAUGGAGGAUCCCACUCAAAUCCAUAUCCGUGACGCCUAUGUCAAAGAGGAAGAGCAAGACGAGCCGGACCUCUACUCGAUUCCCGACGCCUACAAUCGCCGCGUUGUUUCAGACUCGGAGCACAGUGCCAAUCAAGACGAUGAUGAUUUGACCAGUCAGUACUCGCAAUAUUCACAGCCUUCUGUCGCCGCAAUGCCUGCCUCAGCCCCGGUCCUAGAAGACGGUCAGGAAACUCCAAAGGCACAAAGCCCGAAAAGUUUAACAAACUCUCGAUUCAUGGUAUCCGAGCGGGUAUCAUUGCCUGACUUCACCGAUUUUGGAGGAGGAAACGAUUUCAACAUUGGACUCACUCCUUAUUUGAGCCAGAAGGAGGAGAAGCCUAUGCCACAGAUCCCAGCCGUUUCUUCCACGGCACUACCAGACCUCGCUGCGCUCAGGCAAUCAAUUCAACGCUCGUAUACACCUGAUGUUCAGCCGAAGGCGCCACAGAGUCCAGUGAUGCAUAACUUCAAGCAACCCAGUCCCGGAACACCAGAAUCUGUUGUCCGCCAUUCGGUUGAUGUAAAGACUUUCGCGCGUGGGAUGGAUGCUAGCGAGACGUCCGAGGUAUCCAAAUUCGAGUCAGACAGUGACCGAUCGAUCUCACCCUCGGACAGUGGCUCAGUGAUCGUGAAUACCAAAGAAGGGUCCCCUGUGUCACCCAUUUCUACCGACUUCCCUGAUGGCAACCACAAUACCGGCAGUGGAUUACCUGAACCAGAAAUCUCUGGGGCAGCGGAGGAUAAACAGCCUGCUCAUCUCCAACUUCCACGAAGCGCCGGCCUGAGGGUAAGCAGUCUGGUACCGUUGGAAAUAGCACAUGAAGAGCUCGACGAUGGCCUUGGACUGGGCUUGGAAAAGGAAUUCGAUCGUGUGGUCGAAGCACAAAAGGUAGAGUUUGAACUCUCAUUACAGCGCUUGUACUACCCUUUCAAUGGACGCUUCCCUUCAAGUGAUUUUGUUGAGGUCAAAGACAUGAGAACAGUGCACCCAUUGGAAAACAUCCCCAAUCUCCCCAAACCACGUGGUGCAAGAGCUCUCGCAGAGAGCAGUUAUGCAAACCGUGCAAACCGUCCCUACGAUCUUGAUGAAGAUUCAUUUGCUAAUAGAACCCCACAACGACAGCGAGGCUAUCUGAUGCGACAGAACACCAAAAUUGUUGUUGCAAGCGCGCGUAUCUCUCAGGACGAAUGUCGUUCUCCAACUCUACCGACAGACGAGGAGUCCAAUCCCCUCGCCGCGCAGUCACCGAAUGCGAAUCUCGUUCAGCCGUCACCGCGCAAGAUCAGCCAGCCUACGUGGACUGCUGAACCAUGGAAUGGUAAGGUGAGGAGAAAGAGCAUACGCGUGGGUGGUGAGAAGGCCGUCAGCCACAGAAAACCUAUCGGCGGUCCUGUUCCACCACUCCCAGGUCAAGCAAGCAACGUGCAAGAAAGUUUAGACGCUGUGGCAGAAGAUGAAUUAGGUGAAGAGGACGAGUGGGAAGACGGUGCAGAAAGAGGUCGACUUUUUGUCAAAGUUGUUGGUGUCAAGGAUUUGCAGAUGCCCUUCCCUCAACAUGAGAAAACCUAUUUCGCCUUGACGUUAGACAACGGACUUCAUUGUGUCACGACUGCUUGGUUGGAGCUUGGACGUAGCGCUCCUAUUGGGCAAGAGUUCGAACUCGUCGUUCUCAACGAUCUCGAGUUUCAGCUUACGCUACAGAUGAAGUUGGAAGAGCCAAAGGUUGAGCGUCCGCAAUCACCGUCGAAACCGCCAACCUCUCCGAAGAAGCAGGGUGCAUUUGGAAGGUUGUUCGGCUCCCCUAAGAAGAGGAAAGAAUCAGAAUUGAGAGCGCAGCAGGAAGCUCAAUCAGUCCGAAGACCAGUCACACCACCAUCCGCCUAUGAGCUGGUUCAAGGUCUUGUGGCAAAAGAUGGAUCUUUCGCCCGUGCCUAUGUAGCACUCAGCGAGCAUGAAAAGCACACAUUUGGGCGACCCUACAAUGUGGACAUUACAUGCUUUAACGAGUGGGCUUUGGAACCAGUCCAAGUGGGCAGCUCCAGAAGCAAGAAGGGAAUGCCUCAGCUGCAGAGACGGCCUCCUUAUGAGAUUGGAAAACUCGAGUUGCAGCUCCUCUAUGUGCCAAAGCCUCGGGGUGCAAAGGACGAAGACAUGCCCAAGAGCAUGAAUGGUGCUAUUCGUGCACUUCGAGAGGCGGAAGAACGAAUGCAGCAACAAGCCAAUAUCAAAGGAUUUGAAGGUUAUCUAAGUCAGCAAGGUGGAGACUGUCCGUACUGGCGACGGCGCUUUUUCAAACUUGCAGGGCCCAAAUUGACAGCAUAUCACGAAACAACCCUUCAACCACGGGCGACAAUCAAUCUUGCAAAGGCCAGUAGAUUGAUUGAUGAUAAGUCUUCCCUAACUCAAAAGGAGACAUCUACCAAGGGCGGUGGUCGCCGCAAGAGUGGAUUCGCCGAAGAAGAGGAAGGUUACAUGUUCGUGGAAGAGGGGUUCCGAAUCCGAUUUGCCAAUGGAGAAGUAAUUGACUUUUAUGCCGACUCGCCAGCGGCCAAAGACGAAUGGAUGCAAGCCCUCGCCCAAGUUGUGGGUAAAGGCGUGCAAAGCUCCUCAGCACCAGCCAAAGGAUGGAUCGAAAUGGUUCUCAGGCGUGAGAAGAAGUCGAAAACUGAAGGCUCGUCCAGUGCGCAUCCAUCUCGUCCUCAUGGGCAUCAGCGGACAGAAACAUAUCAUGCUGCAGGCGCACUGAGUCAGCAUAAUAGUCCAGUCAAGACCAAGACCGAUCGUGAGGAGAGACACCGGAAGACCAAGAGUCUGCAUGCAUUCUAG